GGGGUUCUUUUGCCCCCCCUCCCGACACCAUCGGAGCCUCACUCAGCGCAGGAGCUGCUGCCGUCAGAGGGAUCGCCAUGCCUCCCGCGGAGAUCAUCAGCGGAAAGACCGUUUCCGCGCAAGUAAGGCACAGACUGAAGAACCAAGUGGCAGAAAUGAAGGAGAAAGCCCCAGGUUUCAGGCCUGGCCUUGCAAUUCUACAGGUUGGAGAUAGGGAUGAUUCAAACCUCUACAUUAGCAUGAAGUUGAAGGCCGCUGCUGAGAUUGGGAUCAACGCCAAUCACAUCAAGCUGCCAAACACUGCAACAGAAGCUGAGGUGCUGAGAUGCAUUAACGGUCUGAAUGACGAUCCUGCCGUUCAUGGCUUUAUAGUCCAACUGCCUCUGGAUUCCAAUAAGCCCAUCAACACUGAGAAAAUAACCAAUGCUGUGGCACCUGAGAAGGAUGUAGACGGCUUGAGCAGCAUUAAUGCAGGGAAGCUCUCGCGUGGGGACCUCGGCGACUGCUUUAUCCCGUGUACACCGAAAGGAUGCAUGGAGCUUAUCCGGCAAACAGGCAUCCAGGUGGCCGGCAAACGUGCAGUGGUGAUCGGGCGCAGUAAGAUUGUCGGGGCUCCCAUGCACGACCUGCUGCUGUGGAACCACGCGACCGUGACCACGUGCCACUCCAAGACGGCGUCGUUGGCUGAGGAGGUCAGUAAAGCUGAUAUCCUGGUGGUUGCAGCUGGCAAAGCUGAAAUGGUGAAGGGUGAAUGGAUUAAACCUGGUGCAGUGGUGAUUGACUGCGGAAUCAACCACAUACCAGACAGCACAAAGCCCAGCGGGAAAAGGGUAGUUGGAGACGUUGCUUACAGCGCAGCAAAGGAGAGAGCGGCUUACAUUACGCCCGUGCCAGGUGGGGUUGGGCCAAUGACAGUAGCCAUGCUGAUGCAGAGCACGGUAGAAAGUGCCCAACGUUUUCUAGAGAAAUAUCAGCCUGGCAAGUGGAAUAUUCAGUAUAACCUGCUCAGUCCUAGAACUCCUGUUCCAAGUGAUAUUGAAGUAUCCCGGUCUUGCCUUCCCAAGCCCAUUGGACAGCUGGCGCAAGAAAUUGGCUUGAUCUCAGAUGAGGUGGAGUUCUACGGCGAACGCAAGGCCAAGGUUUCCCUGUCAACGCUGAGGCGCCUCAAAGAUCAACCCAAUGGCAAAUACGUUGUGGUGACAGGUAUAACGCCCACACCACUGGGAGAAGGGAAGAGCACCACGACGGUAGGGCUGGUUCAAGCCCUGGGAGCACACCUUGGCCAGAAUGCCUUCGCCUGUGUCCGGCAGCCUUCCCAGGGACCCACAUUUGGAAUUAAAGGCGGUGCUGCUGGAGGUGGCUAUUCUCAGGUUAUUCCUAUGGAGGAGUUCAAUCUCCAUCUCACUGGGGACAUCCAUGCCAUUACAGCAGCCAAUAACCUGGUUGCUGCUGCUGUUGAUGCCCGUAUCUUCCACGAGGCAACACAGUCUGAUCAGGCGCUCUAUUCUCGCUUGGUCCCAUCUGUUGAUGGCACUAGGAAGUUCUCCAAUAUCCAGCUCCAGAGACUUCAGAGAUUACAUAUUAAGAAAACGGACCCAAAUGCUUUGAAGGAUGAUGAGAUAAGCAGAUUUGUGAGAUUGGAUAUUGAUCCAGACAGCAUAACGUGGCAAAGAGUGUUGGACACAAAUGACAGAUUUCUGCGAAAAGUCACAAUUGGUCAGUCCCUGACUGAGAAGGGUUUCACGCGCACAGCCCAAUUUGACAUCACGGUAGCCAGUGAGAUCAUGGCAGUCUUGGCGCUCACAGACAGCCUGGAGGACAUGAGGCAGCGCCUGGGCAAAAUGGUGGUCGCCUCCAGCAAGCAAGGCGCUCCAAUUACAACAGAAGAUCUGGGAGUGAGUGGUGCCCUGGCAGUUUUGAUGAAAGAUGCUAUUAAGCCAAACCUCAUGCAGACUUUGGAGGGCAACCCUGUGUUUGUCCAUGCUGGUCCAUUUGCCAACAUCGCUCAUGGCAACUCCUCUGUCCUAGCAGACAAAAUCGCCCUGAAACUCGUCGGCAAGGAAGGGUUUGUUGUGACGGAAGCUGGCUUCGGAGCAGAUAUCGGCAUGGAAAAGUUCUUCGACAUCAAGUGCCGCUAUUCUGGUCUGCAGCCCCAUGUGGUGGUCUUGGUCGCCACGGUCCGAGCUCUGAAAAUGCACGGCGGAGGCCCCACGGUCACAGCUGGAGUCCCCUUGCCAAAAGAAUACACUGAAGAGAACCUUCCGCUUUUGGAGAAGGGCUGUAGUAACUUGAGCAAGCAAAUCCAAAACGCCAGGACCUUUGGCGUCCCCGUAGUAGUGGCAGUCAAUGCGUUCAAAUCUGACACAGAGGCCGAACUGCAGCUGGUUAUCCGGCUGGCUAAGGAAGCCGGCGCUUUUGAUGCUGUCAAAUGCACCCACUGGGCUGAAGGGGGGAAAGGAGCCAUGAUGCUGGCGGCGGCAGUGCAGAGGGCAUCACUGGCCCCAAGCAACUUCAAGUUCUUGUACAAAGUGGAGCUGCCAAUUCUAAAUAAGAUCAGAAUUAUUGCACAGACAAUUUACGGGGCAGAUGACGUCGAACUGCUGCCAGAAGCAGAGCAGAAAAUUAUUCUGUACACCAAGCAGGGAUUUGGAAACCUGCCCAUCUGCAUGGCCAAGACACACCUGUCGCUGUCUCACGACCCAGAAUGCAAAGGAGUCCCCACGGGCUUUGUCUUGCCCAUCAGAGAUGUCAGAGCCAGCGUGGGUGCAGGAUUUCUAAUUCCAUUAGUAGGAACAAUGAGCACAAUGCCAGGACUUCCCACUAGGCCUUGUUUCUAUGACAUUGACCUGGAUCCAGUGACUGGAGAGGUGACUGGUCUCUUCUAGGGCGAACUGACAAUCAAAAGAUAUCUGAGUAAUGUCAAUUUCAUAAAGCCUGAACAAAAUAACUCAGUGAACACCGGAAGCCUUUGGAAACAAUUUAACCUCCUGCGUUUUAAAAAAAUCUGUAAUACUGUAUUUUUAAUAAAUGUCCUACAUUUUUUUAGUCACUGCACAUGAAAAUCUGUAUUAGGUGGUUUUAAAGACAGCAGUGUUUUAAAAUGCAUUCACAAUGUGGUCUUAACAGUAGUCAUUUAAAAAAAAAGACAUGUUUUUAACGAGUUGUACAACCCGCUUAAAUAAAUUUUAAUUGAUUAAAUCGUAUGGAUGUUAGCAGUUUUAUUACAUUUGCAAAUGGGUACAUUUCGAAACAAAAACAACAACUCAUAUGCUCUUUGUUUUUACGUGUUUUGCAGCCAGCGCCUUCUUAGGAGACCCAUUCCUAUUGAGAGGGGUGUGGCAUAAGGACAAAUGUCAUUUUAAAGAUGCUGUUUGUCAUCUGUAGUUUUUAAAGGCAUUUGUAUUACAAAUAUAUUUUUUAAA